AUGACCACUCCGCGGAGCAUGGCGAGGGCCGCCGGACUCGCCAUCAUGCUGAUUUCCUCCAGCGUCGGAAUAAACUUCGGCGCCGGCGGCGGCUUCGGCUUAAUCCUCAGCUUCACGGGCGUUCUCGCCGGCGCCAACCUCAUUGCCAUCGGCGUACGGAUGGCCGGCGGCCUAGGACCAGCGGCACCCGUCGUCCAAGCGGUCUUCGCUGGUGCACGUGCGCUCGCUGGCUUCCUGCGCCGCCAUCUCACCGUCGCGGGGUUCUUCAUAGCUUCUUGCGCAGUCGCCGUGGUCUCCGGCGAUGCGGGCCCGGUGCUCUGCUUCGGCAUGUCUGCUCUGCUCCUGCUCGGGCUCUCCCUGAUCAGUGUCGGAAUUCUCGGCCAAUAGCUAGUUCAGUUCUUGGAUGGAUGCACUGAUGCUCGAUGAUACCUCCUGAAUUGCUAGUCUGAGCGGCAAUGAUC